CAGCGGCAGCGACAGUGGGAGCGGUGCUCGGGACCGCCCCGGCGCCCAUUGGCUCGGCGGCUCCGUAUGGGGCUCGGCGAGACCCCAUAAAGGCUGCCGUCCGCUCGCCCGUCCAUCCGUCCAUCCGUCCGUCCGUCCAUCCCGGCCAUGCCCUCGCCGCCGCCCGCCCUGCCCUGGCUCCUGGCCGCCUGCUGCCUCUGCGCCCUCCCGCGGGGCUCAGCGUUCCCGCAGCCUUUCUCGCGCUACCGGGACGGAGUGGAGCUGCCCCCAAACCAGGUACGUCUGUCCCUGGAGCUGCCCCCAAACCAGGUACGUCUGUCCCUGGAGCUGCCCCCAAACCAGCAACUGGCACUGUGUUUCAGUCAGUGGAUGGAAAUGUCCGACCAGCCCCAGAUCUCCAGCACUGUUUUGGAUCUCUGUUAUUCCAUAUUCAACAGUAUGCAUAAAAAUGAGGAAUCACAGAUUGCUUCUGCAAAGUUUACAAAGAAGGACAGUCAUGGAACUCUGGGGCGGCCUUUCUUCCUUUUCAGGGUAUCUGAAUCUCUUUGUUUUAAAGAUUCUGAAUCUCAGGCAUUGUUAUAUGUUCACAGAUGAGCAGCUGUCUCACAAAUUCUAGCUGCAGUUGUUUUGAAUAGAAGCCAAAUAUCCCUAUGCUUGAAAGUUUAGGGAGCCAUUUGCUCAAAAAGCUCUGGUUUGACUAAAAGAUGACAAGAUAAUGAGAUCUGGGGUACUGGUAGAUUAAACACUUCUUUUUGUUUGAAGAUAUGCCUCUGCAAAUGUUUU